GGCAGCUGAGUUUUGCUAGCCGCGCUGUUUGUUUUGCUGUUCGUUCACGAAUAUCUGUUUGAAGACCUUGCAGUUAGGAUUCAAGAUGAGAGCCGUUUCAUUUCUAGAUAAAGUAGAGUAUGAAUUUAUUGGCAACUUUAUGCAGCACGCAAUCUGCCUGGGAGAUGUCGACAACGACAAGAACAUUGAACUGGUGGCCGGCAACCUUCAGGGUGAUCUUGCUGUCUUCAAGUUCCAGCAACCUAGACCAUGGGCAUUGGCAUCAAACUUGGGGGCGGUGGCUACUGUGAUUGUUGGCGACAUCCUGAAUGAUUCUCAGAACAAGGUUCUUAGCAUCAGCUGUGAUGGCUGGUGCCACAUGUUCACUCUGCAGGCAGAUGCAAACGAGGAUGACAGGAGGCAGCUGCAGCCUUUCCACACCCAGCGGUUACCAGCAAACACAAAGAUGGCCCUGCUAGCUGAUAUCAACAAGGAUGGGAAGAUUGAGCUGAUCCUUGGCCUCACCGAUCGUGUUGUUCGGACGUACCAGUGGAGUUCGCUAAGUGAGAAUGGAACUGAAGGCCAGGGCAAGCUGGUGGGCCUGCACAAGUGGGAGUUUGCAAAUCAGGUGGGCAACAUCUCGCUCAACAACACACCGGAAGGGGGCUUGGCCAUUCUGGUGGCGCAGCCUGGUGGCACCUACAUCAAGCUUGACUUUGGCAUGUCUAAGGUUAGCAGCAGCCCCACCGACACUACUGCCAGCAAUGGGACAGCACCCGAAGACGGCACCCUGCUGAUGUCGGUAGGUCCGCAGCACCACAAGCUGGGCCUGUCCCACAUGCGCAAUCCCAACGUCUCAUCGGUCAUUGCGGGCAGCAUCCGGGGCACCACCCGUGCUAAGGAGCCGGUCAACUCCCUCAUGGCUCUGGCCACUCUGGACGGCACGCUGAUGCUGGUUGACGACGGAGACAACAUCCUGUGGUCCCUGCAGGUGGACCACCAGCUGUUUGCCCUUACCAAGAUGGAUGUAGUGGGGGAUGGUCGGGAAGAGGUGAUAGCCUGUGCUUGGGACGGCCAGACGUACAUUGUCAAUGAAGAACGGCAGGCAGUGCGGUUCCAGUUUGAUGAGGCAGUGUGCACGUUCACAGCUGGUAAUCUGACUCUGAGUCCUGGUGAGGCGCUGCCCUCCCUAGUCUAUGCAACGUUUAACAAUCGCAUUGUAGUGUACUACAACAUCACCUUCACAAACAUGGCCACGCAGUCGCUGCUGGAUGACACUCAGCUUGUGGCCAAGAUUAACACCCUUGUGCCAGGUGUGGACCCGCGUAAGUUUCUCCAGUGGUGUAUGUAUGGAUCACGGCCACUGCUAGGGGACCAAGUACAUCCUGUGGAGAGUGAUGACCCAGAUAGAGGAACUGAAGAUGCCGGAUGAGCUACAAGUUCAAUCGCCAUCCUGAGACUACACCGAUCAUUGUGCUUUACAGGGAGAUGUGCCAUUGAAGAAACACCAUGUGCAAAAAUACUUCUGCAACCAGAUGAACGAGACCACAAAGUUUGACAUGCUUCAUCCUUUUCUCUAAAAACUGGAAGUCUGCUGUCUCCUGAUUUCUACCUUGUGUUCGUUAUCCCGCACAAUAAAAAUAUUUAAAUCAGUGCAUUACACAACAAAGCUUUCUAAUAAUAAUUGUUCAUGUUAAAGGGCAUACUUGAGGGAAUAGUGAGCGCCUCUAAAUAAGCUAUGCUUACAUAUGAUGGCUUAUACAGAAACAAUGUUUACCAUGGUUCUGCACAGGCUCGUUUUCAUGCCAUUUGCCACUCGUCGGUGUUGGGAGUGUCCUCUGAGAUGGCCAAACCAGCUAGUGCCGACGGGGAAGGGCUGGCUGCAACAUCAGAAAGUUCCUCGCAAGUGGGGGGGGCGAGCAUGAGAAUGUGCUGUUGCUUGUCCGGAACAGUCUCAGUGGCGCUUCUGCCAUUGAUCAUAUUUGUCACAUGGUAGUGACGUAUAAAGAACACAGUAGCAAUACUGUGAAAGAUGAAACUAACUUUUAUUGGGUGAACCUGUGCCCACAAAAACAGGCUACACUUAAAGAACGGCUGCAGCGGCGAACACAGUCAGCGAUCGUCAAAAUCUGAUCAGCGGGUCAAGUGCGUCGGCUUUUAUACAUCAGUCGUCGAAUGUUCCAGAGUAAUCACUGGGACCCGCGUGUCUUCCACAAAGUUCUACACUAUUCAUGUCGCGCAUACAUGCAAUCAGAUUACACAAGGUUCAGUGACAGACAGUAGAUGGAACCAUCGAUAACAUUCCAGAAACUUCCGAUACAUGCAGGUGCGUCCUGCGCUGUGCAAUAACAUUUGGUAGGCGGUGAAACGUGCUCACCCGAUAAAGAUAAACAAGUGCACAUGUCAAUACCCCCCUCUUAACCCUUUCACUGCUGGGUUUUUUCCUCACCGCUGCACACUCCCUGUCACGUUUUUUUUUUACAUGUUAGUUUCUUGAAAAUCUUAUGCUAGUAACACACUACAAUGCUCUGAAGGUCAUGUAAACAUUUUUAUUCAGGAUUAUCUUAGAUAUUAGUUUUACUGAAUACAAGAAAUUGGCACCUAACUAAUUAGCAAUAAUUAUCUGCUAAUUAGUAUGUCCAGAUGUUUAGAAAACUAUUUUGGUGUGGUAUUCUUCAAAACAAGGCACCACACAAAUCAGCACCUGGCAGCUAGAACACAGAUAGCGAGACUCUUUUCGUUGCUUUGGUCGAUGCUGUGUGUUAGCGCAGACGCGGCAGACUCGUGUUGGGUUCUGCUUCGCGGUAGUCGGCGGUAUUAGAGACAGGAAGUGGCGUGCUAUCAGCCGUGUUGGAUCUUCACCCUUCGACGGGCGUCCUCCCUUUGGCUUCGAGUUUCCUUCAUGGUACUUCUCGAUUAGCUGGCGGACAAGUUCGAGUUGAGUCUGCCAUGCUUCUUUUUUUACCAGAGGCUGUGAUUUCCAGUAAAUUGCUGUUGAGGAUGGUAAUGUCCAAGAGGGGAAAGAAGUACUUCUUGUACCACUUCAUGCACUUCCUUGUGACUGUGCCGGUCACGGACACAACCAUGUCUACCUUAUCUACAGCACCCACGCAUAAGUUGUACUUGGAGACGCACAGGGAAACCUUUCUGCUCUCGCCCGUCUUCCUGUCCACCUUCCCGGACUGCCACUCUUAUGCUUCCUUGUGAGCAUGAGCACUUCACGUUUGUCUUUCCAGCGGACGAAGAGAAGCUGGUCAUUGCACAUCUCGCUGGUUUUCCUUGCUUCCAGUCUUUUCUCGUCGUGUGGGAUACCCUUCCUGUUCUUCCGGACUGUACCGCAAGCAUUGGUCUUCUUUUCGAAAAGGUAGGGGAAGAGGGCAGGACUGGUGUACCAAUUGUCAACCCAGAGGACGUGCCCUUUGCCCAGGUACUUGUCCAGUAAAGUGAUAACAACUGAGGCUCCAUAUCUCAUCUCGGAGUCGUUGAUCUCAGUUGAGGAUCCGGUGUACAACACCAUGUCCAGCACUAUGCCUGUCUUCACAUCACAGAGUACGAAUGAUUUCAGGCCAAAUCUGCUUCGUUUGGAUGGGAUAUAUUGCUUGAAUGCCAAUCACUCUUUGUAAAGAAGCAGGCUUUCGUUAAUACAAAGAUCCUGGUAUGGAGAUAGCGCCCCUUGAAUGUUUUUCCGAAGCGUCAAGAGAACCGAGCACAUCUUGUGCAGCCUGUCACCAUGAAUCUGAUCUUCAUUAUUGGAGAAAUUAAGAAACCUCAAAAUGAGGAGGAAGCGGUUGCGACUCAUCAACUUCGAGAAUGCUGGUGUACUCCCAAGAGGGGAUCCGUGGAUUAAUACUGGGCAAUGCUGCCUUUUCUUGCAUGAGCCAUGAGCAUUACGACAGCAAGAAAUAAAUAAAACUCACGUGGAGUCACAUCAUUCCACUGGUGUAUACAAGAUCCGGGCACCAGUGUCAGCGCGGCAUGUAUUCGGCACUGGAAAAUGUUUGUUUGAUCCACAAUUGCUUCCACAAUGUCCGGCGUAGACAAACUUUCAAAAAUCUCGAGCUCACUGGACGCCGCUGUGAUGUCAUUGCAGAUUCCUGAGUGAGAUGGAUUGAAAGCAUGCUCCUGGGGCUUGAACUCUUUCUUCCAGCAGA